AUGCGUGAAGAAGUCCCCCGGCUCUUGUUCCUGGCGUUCAUGUUCAUGGUAGGAUAUGGUGGUGCUGCCGCUGGUAAACAGACUCUUAUCGUCCCUGAUAAGGAUGCCGAUGGUCUUGCUGCUGGAGCUAUCAUAAGAAAACCCCUCAUCUUGCUCGGCCUCGAUUCCAAGCUGAUAUCGUGCUACACGAUGACCAAAAACAGCUUGCUACACUGUGGGGAUUCUCGUGCAAACAUGGAAGCUUACAAUCCAUCUUACAUCAUUGUCCUCGACCAAGGCUCAUGGAAAUCAGAGCCCGUUGUCGACUCACCCCAUCGCGCGUUAGUCAUUGACCAACAUCUGGCAGAAGACGAUGACCACCCUAAGGGGGCGAUAUUAGUGACGGCGAACAAAUGCCCACCGAUAGCUACAAGCUGGCUGUUGACGUAUCUUAUCUGCCGCGACUUACACGACGGAGUCGAGGAAUCAUGCGGGUGGUUAUGUGCCAUGGGAACGCAUGGGGAUCUGGUGAUCCGCAUCAAAUCGAAAGCACAGAUUCAUGCUCUCAUUGCAGAACGCCAGACUCGUCAAUUGUUUUCAAGAGAUCUCCAAGUCGUGAUGAUAGCGAAUGAAGGCUAUGCACGAGGCAUUGUCAACUAUUCGUGUCGCGUUCCAACGUGCGCCAGGGGCAGAGAUCCUCCUGUCAACAUCCCGGAAAUUCUUAGUCGAGCAGCAGAUGGGGCAGACGACGAUACGCUGAGAGAGCGACUGGGACCUAGGUUCGCUGUCGGUCACAAGAACGCAAGCGGCGGAAUGAUUCCCCAAGCGGCAUUCGAGGAUUUCUUGGAGGCCAUCGGAGUUUCAAGCGAUAAAAAGCCAUCGCCUUCGCCGAAGAAGUCACCAAAGAGUUCUACAAAUCAGGAAUAA